AUGUUACAGGCAUUGGUAGUGGCAGCUUUGCUUGCAAGUUCUGCCGGCCAACAAUUUUUGCCUCAAACUAGGUUCACGUUCAAUCCAUAUGAUGUAUCGACAUACUUGAAAUCUGCCAGGAUGGCAGAGGUAAAUCCAAAGGAACAGGAGAAGAUAGCCAAGCAGGUGAAGUUCCCAUGUUCUCUUAAAAAAUCGUCCAAAGUUCCAGACCGAGUGGACAGGCUGAGGCCAGGAGAUGUCGCUGUAGUCGCUGCUAUGGGAGAUUCAUUAAUAGCUGGCAAUGGGGCAUUGGAAAACAAUGCUUUAGGAUCUUUCAUUGAGAGUAGGGGUGUUUCAUGGGCUGCAGGAGGUGAUGAGGAUUGGCAUGAUUUUCUUACACUUCCAAACAUUUUAAAAGAAAUGAAUCCUAAUCUAACUGGCUAUUCACAAGGAAGAGCUGAAUUCUUGACUCCAGUUUCUGCAUUAAAUGUUGCUUUUCCCAUUUCUGCUGAUAAUAGCGCUCUUAGCCAAGCUAAAACUUUAGUGGCUAAGAUGCGCCAAAUGCUUGGCAAAAGAUAUGCAACUGAUUGGAAGGUAGUAACAAUUCUCUUCGGUGCAAAUGAUCUUUGUUCUGGACAGUGCUAUAAUGCUAGAGCAUCUUCACCUUCAGCACAUGCUUACAAGUUACGUCAAGCCUUGGACUAUCUUCAGGACAAUAUGCCACGAGCUUUUGUUAAUUUAGUUUCUGCUCUUGAUGUGACAGUUAGUGUUCGUAUAAAACGCUCAAUGGUCUGUAGAAUUAUCCAUAGAUUCUUCUGUUCUUGUUAUCAUAUGAUGUCUAAUCCUCUAGAGACAUUAGCAAGAAUGGCAAGACUUUAUCAAAAGCAUGAGAAACAACUGAUUGAAAGUGGUCGAUAUAAUGUAAAACCCGAUUUUACAGUUGUAAUUCAGCCAUUUAUGACUGCUUACAAUAUGCCACUAAAUGAAAAAUACAAACUGCAAGAGGUUAUUGACAUUUCGUAUAUUACUUAUGACUGUUUUCAUUUCAGUCAGAAGGGGCAUGCAUUGGUUGCUAAUAUGCUUUGGAAUAAUAUGCUGGAACCAGUUGGUUCUAAGUCAACUAGAAAAAUGAAGAAUAUGUUUGACAAAUUUUACUGCCCCUCUGAAGAUAAUCCUUAUUUUUUUACAACUAAUAACUCAAUUGCCUUCUAUAAAACAGGAAGGCAAGAUGGCAUAAAAAAGAUGGUUGUAAAAAAGAGGUUAUUAUGAUUUAAUGCCUAUACUGAAUAUUUAUGGGAUUCCUCAAGAAAUCCUAAUUCUCUCCAGAGAAUUGUGAGAAUCCAUCUGAUCUAGUUGACAUAUAAAGUUUAUCAUGAAGAAAUGAAAUGCAUUAGAUAAAGCCAGUGCCCUUGUUGGACUUAUUUUUGUAAAGUAAUUUAUUCAAAAAUGUAUUUGUAAUUUAGUACAGUUCACUUCUUUAAAACUGAAAACUGUAAACAUCAAUAAUUAUUGAAAAUGUAAUUUUUGGUAGAAAAUUAGAAUCUAGUCUGAAUAAUAAUUAAAAUAGAUAUAAUAUAUUAAUAAGAUAACCUUAUUUAUGAACUGUGUUAAAAAGUUGAAGUAUUUAUUUAUUUGCACAAUAUGAAUAAGUUAAGAUUUGAAUGAUUUUUUUUUUUAUUUAAAUGAUUUUUUUCUAUUUUAACUAUGCAUUUAUAUUGCUCAUUUAAUGUAUAAUAUAAAUUUAAUAGAAACUACCUCAAAUUUCGAUUGAAACCUUUUUAUAAUAAUUUAUCCUCACCUACUUUUAUCACUUCAAUAUUAAAUUUGGAUGAAAU